AUGUCUACCAAUCUUGAGGAUGUACCAAUCGAAGUUUCCAAAGUUUUCGACACCAUCUUGGUGUUGGACUUUGGUUCUCAAUAUUCCCAUUUAAUCACUCGUCGUUUGAGAGAGUUUAACGUUUACGCUGAAAUGUUGCCUUGUACUCAGAAGAUUUCUGAGUUGUCGUGGAAACCAAAAGGUAUCAUUUUGUCUGGAGGUCCAUACUCCGUUUAUGCUGAUGAUGCACCACAUGUUGAUCAUGAUAUUUUCAAAUUGAAUGUUCCAAUCUUGGGUAUUUGCUAUGGAAUGCAAGAAUUGGCUUGGAUCAAUGGAAAAGGUGUUGCCAGAGGUGAUAAAAGAGAAUAUGGUCCUGCUACUUUACGCGUUGAGGAUAAGGAAUGUGCCUUGUUUAAAGAUAUUGAUCACUCGCAAGUUUGGAUGUCACAUGGUGAUAAAUUGCAUGCUUUGCCAACCGGUUUCAAAGUAGUGGCCACUUCAGACAACUCUCCAUACUGUGGUAUCUCCAACGAGACUGAUAAAAUCUAUGGUAUCCAAUUUCACCCUGAGGUUACCCACACUUUGCAAGGUAAACAAUUGUUGAGAAACUUUGCUGUAGACAUUUGUCAAGCUCAAACCAACUGGAGUAUGGAAAACUUUGUUGACACUGAAAUAGCCAGAAUUAGAAAAUUGGUUGGACCAACUGCCGAAGUUAUUGGUGCCGUUUCUGGAGGUGUUGACUCAACUGUUGGAGCCAAGAUCAUGAAAGAGGCUAUUGGAGAUAGAUUCCACGCUAUUUACGUAGACAAUGGUCUCAUGAGGUUGAACGAAACUGAGAGCGUGAAAAAGACUUUGGAUGAGGGGUUGGGUAUCAAUUUAACUGUGGUUGAUGCCGGUGACUUGUUCCUCGGAAGAUUGAAAGGAGUCACUGACCCUGAGAAGAAGAGAAAAAUUAUUGGUAACACUUUCAUCAAUGUAUUUGAGGAAGAAGCUGCCAAGAUCAAACCACAUGAUGGUUCAGAGGUUGAAUACCUCUUACAAGGAACUUUAUACCCUGACGUCAUUGAAUCCAUCUCAUUCAAAGGACCAUCUCAAACUAUCAAAACCCAUCAUAAUGUUGGUGGUUUGUUAGAGGAUAUGAAAUUGAAAUUGAUUGAGCCAUUGAGAGAAUUGUUCAAAGAUGAAGUCCGUCAUUUGGGAGAAUUGUUGGGAGUACCACAAGAUUUGGUUUGGAGACAUCCUUUCCCAGGUCCAGGUUUGGCAAUCAGAGUCCUUGGUGAAGUCACUAAAGAACAAGUUAAGAUUGCUCGUGAAGCAGAUGCCAUUUUCAUUGAAGAAAUUAAAAAGGCUGGCUUGUACAGGCAAAUUUCACAAGCUUUUGCUGCUUUGUUACCAGUUAAAUCUGUUGGUGUUAUGGGUGACCAAAGAACUUAUGAACAAGUUAUUGCCUUGAGAGCCAUUGAAACCGUUGAUUUCAUGACUGCAGAUUGGUUUAUUUUUGAUGCUGCAUUCUUGAAGAGAGUAGCAUCCAGAAUUGUCAAUGAGGUUGACGGAGUUGCACGUGUAACCUAUGAUAUCACUUCCAAGCCACCAGCUACUGUUGAAUGGGAGUAG